AACACGAUCCAAACACAUGUGUUGAUCGGGGGGCAGUAGGCCUACUCGAUAGACUCUGAUAUCGAGUUCUGCUACGGGAGGGAAGUCUGAGAAGGGAGCAGACAUUGGCAGAACAGCAUCCAGCGGUGUGCGUCUGCACGGUGAAGCAACAUAGGGAGGAGGAGGAAGGGCGUAUAAGGAAGUCAGGGAGGGAGAGAGAGGUCUCGUUCUGUUCUGAGACCCGGGUCAGAACUGCUACGUCUGCCACCAUGCCUGGAAUGAAAGUCUGCAUCAUCGGUUCGGGAAACUGGGGGUCUGUGAUCGCCAAGAUCGUGGGCCACAACGUGAAGGGGAACAACCGCUUCGAACCCGUGGUCAAAAUGUGGGUUUACGAAGAACUGAUCGACGGGAGGAACCUGACUGACAUCAUCAACUCGGAGCACGAAAACGUCAAAUACCUGCCGGGCCACAAGCUGCCCGGGAAUGUGGUGGCUGUGCCCGACAUCACGGAGGCGGUGAAGGGGGCCAAAGUCCUCAUCUUCGUCAUCCCUCACCAGUUCAUCCAGAGGCUGUGUGAGCAGAUGAAGCCUCACGUCGCCCCCGGAGCCAUCGGGAUAUCGCUCAUCAAGGGGAUCGACUCGGGCCCCUCCGGCCUGCGGCUCAUCUCGGACCUCAUCAGGGAGAGUCUGGAGGUGGACGUCAGCGUGCUCAUGGGCGCCAACAUCGCCAACGAGGUCGCCGACCAGAAGUUCUGCGAAACCACCAUCGGGGCCCAGAACCCCGCCCACGGCCAGCUCUUCAAGGAGCUGCUCCAGACGCCCAACUUCCGCAUCACGGUGGUAGAAGAGAGCCACACGGUGGAGCUGUGUGGAGCCCUGAAGAACAUCGUGGCCGUAGGGGCGGGGUUCUGCGACGGCCUGGGCUUCGGGGACAACACCAAGGCGGCGGUGAUCCGCCUGGGCCUGAUGGAGAUGGUGGCGUUCGCCCGGCUCUUCUGCUCCGGCACCGUCUCCUCCGUCACCUUCCUGGAGAGCUGCGGCGUGGCCGACCUCAUCACCACCUGCUACGGCGGCCGCAACCGCAAGGUGGCCGAGGCCUUCGUCAGGACCUCCAAGUCCAUCGAGGAGCUGGAGGUGGAGAUGCUGAACGGCCAGAAGCUGCAGGGACCCCAGACCUCUGCCGAUGUCUACAAGAUCCUGGUCGAGAAGGACAUGGUCUCCAAGUUCCCACUUUUCUCUGCGGUCUACAAGAUCUGCUUCGAGGGCAAGGAAGUGAAGGAGUUUGUCACAUGUCUGCAGAACCACCCGGAACACAUGUGACCACGACUCACAGCGAUAGGCCAAUGGGAGGCGUGAUGACGCACAGUUAUAACCACUAAAGGAGAAGAGGAAUGCUAAGGAUCGCGUAACUCUUAAAAUAUCUAACAACUCACAUUUCAAAUGUCUUUAAAUUGCCCGAAAAGGGUUGUUCUAGUUAUGUUGAGUUUGAGAAAAGGGGAUGUACAUUAUAUAAGCUUGUUUUAAAAUAAUUGAUUGAAAUUCAUUUCCAUUGGCGCUGCCUGCCAUUUACGCACGGUGCUGACUCCUAACACUGGGAAUAUUACUUUCUUGUUGGAAAGACAUUAAAGAGACGUUGAUAAGACAGGUAUUUCUUGGCAGAAAGACUGAAUAAACAUUGAUUAGAACGAUAUUACCAUUCAGGUAUAUUCCCUAGCGAUACUAUAGCUGCAAACGCACACAAAUAUGAAUCUGUUUGGAAGUCAACUUUUCAUGGACAUGUGUCUAUCUUAUCCAUCUUAUCCAUCUUAUCUAUCUAUCUAUCUAUCUAUCUAUCUAUCUAGCUAUCUAUCUAUCUAUCUAUCUAUCUAUCUAUCUAUCUAUCUAUCUAUCUGUAUGAGAAUAUAUCCACACAAUCGAAUACUUUACACAGAUAGAUUUGGUUGGAGUCGGAUAACAUUUCAUUUGUUAGUUCCAUAAUAUAGUCUUACUUUGGAUUUCAGGCAAUCUUAUUCUACAGAGAAAGUAGAAUUUGCACAUUUUUAUUUUUGUAACCUAUGCACUGUUUAGCAAAAUUUGUAUCCCAAUGUAAUGUUUACCACUUACAUGUGGUUUUUAUGUUGAAUAUCUUGAAUGUGGGGGAAGCAGCCUUUCCCUUAGUGAUUCGAUUUCCCAAUUCAAAUAAUUGAUAUGUAUUAAAUAAAAGUAUCUUCCUCAAAAA